AAAACUGAUAAAGAAUUGCAGAAAUUAAUGGAGAGCCCCCGAAGAGCCGCCGCCGAAACUCACAUCAUAGCACUUCCUUUCCCAGCGCAAGGUCAUAUUAAUCCAAUGCUCCAAUUCUCUAAACGCCUCGUUUCCAAAGGACUCAAAGUAACCCUAGUCACCUUCAUCGACAACGAGCUGACAAAAGCCAAACACGGCUCAGUCGUAGUCGAGUCUAUUUCGAAUAACAGUGAAGAAAACUUUAAGAUUUCGACCAUGGAAGACUACUGGAGAAAUUUUAGCUCUUUGGUAAGGCAGAAAUUAUCAGAAAUCGUCGAAAAACAAGGCGAGUCUUGCUGUCCAAUAAGUUGCCUUGUGUAUGAUUCAAUCAUGCCUUGGGCUCUGGACAUGGCCAGAGAACUUGGUGUUGCUGCAGCUUCAUUCUUCACACAGUCAUGUGCUGUUUCAGCCAUUUACUACCAUGUUUAUAAAGGAAGGCUAAAUAUUCCAACUGAUGUGGACCUUGUAUCAUUAGAAGGGAUGCCUCCACUUGAAAGCUGUGACCUGCCUUCUUCAGCUUGCGGCUUGGAGAAGAACUGCCCAGCCAUGAUAAGCCUAAUGAGUGAUCAGUUUUCGAAUGUCGGGGAAGUUGAUUGGAUCCUUAUUAACACUUUCAACGAGUUAGAAGAAGAGGUCAUGAACUGGAUGGCAAGCCAAUGCCCUCUCAAGCUAAUAGGACCAUUAAUACCAUCAAAGUACCUAAGCAAGAGACUGGAGCUGGACGACAGUGAAUACGGCCUCAGCCUCUUCAAACCCAGAACCAACAGUUUCAUGCAAUGGCUAGACUCCAAGGAGGCUAGCUCAGUAGUUUACGUAGCAUUUGGAAGCUUGGCUUCCUUGGAAGAAAAGCAGAUGGAAGAUAUAGCAAGCGGACUGAAACUGAGCAACUACAAUUUUUUGUGGGUAGUCAGAGAAUCUGAAGAGAACAAACUUCCAAAGAACUUAAUGAAUGAGACAUCAGAGAAGGGUCUAAUUAUUACUUGGUGUCCGCAGCCAGAAGUUCUUGCUCAUAAAUCUGUGGGCUGUUUCAUGACUCACUGUGGCUGGAACUCAACGCUUGAGGCAUUGAGCUUGGGUGUGCCAAUGGUUGCAAUGCCCUACUGGUCUGAUCAAACGACUAAUGCAAAAUUUGUUGCUGAUGUGUGGAGGGUUGGGGUUAGGGUUAAGGUAAAUGAAGAAGGAAUUGUCACGAAAGAAGAAAUAGAGAUGUGUAUAAGGGAAGUCAUGGAAGGAGAGAGCUCCAGUAUAUUGAGAAGGAACUCAGAGAAAUGGAAAAUGCUUGCCCAAGAAGCUGUAGCUGAAGGUGGAAGUUCUGACAAGAAUGUUGAGAGAUUUGUGGCAGAAGUCACUUGUAAUAUUACUGCAUAAUAAAACUGUAAACACAAGCCUUGUAUGCGUAUAAUAAAUGUUAAAUUUUUUAUUUU